AUGAAGAUUGAUAGAUUGUUCCAGAAGACAGAGAAGAAGCAGUUAAAGGAGUUUUCAAGAGAUUCCGUACUGCAUGCAGUUGCAGAAUUUGUUGUGUGUGACGAUCAAUCUCUAGCAUUGGCAAACAAGACCACAUUUUGGAACUGCUUAGUUGCAAUGCGUCCAGCUGCAACAAUAGUAGAUUUACCUUCAACGCACGAUAUCACAACAUAUAUUCACAACUCGUUCAUCAAGCUCAUCAAGGAUAUCAAGGAUGAGAUGCAGGUAUGUGUUUUUUUUAAUAGAUAA